GCAGCAGCCAGCCAGUCAAGCCAGCAGGCCGCGGCAGCAACAGUGAAAGUCAACAUGAGCUGCAGCCUACAGAACAGAAGCGUGCUGCUCCACUCUGAUGGAGCGAGUGACAGGCAAAGCAUGCUGGCUUUGCAGCCUCUUUGGGACUUUGUCAGGACACAGGAGGCGUUGAUCAAAUCGCCGUUCUUUCCAGUCCUGUUCAGCUUUACACUGUACGCAGCCUUCUGCUUGCCUUUUGUGGCCUUGGACUUCUUCUGCACCCGAGUGCCGGCAUUGAAGAAAUACAAAAUCCAGCCGCAGACGUCACCUACGCUGGGAAUGAUGGUGCUCUGUGUGGCACAAACCAUCUAUCACCACAUUGUCUGCAUCUUCCCGGUGACUGUUGCCCAUUGGUACUGGAGACCAGUCAGCUUGCCGGCACUGGCUCCAGAGUUGUCCAAACUCUUCUUGGAUGUAAUCAUUUGCCUGCUGCUUUUUGACUUCUUCUACUUCCUGUGGCAUUUGCUCCAUCACAAAGUGCCGUGGCUCUACAAGAACUUCCACAAGGUCCACCACAAGCACGUCUCUACCUUUGCUCUUUCCACCCAGUAUGCGAGCAUUUGGGAGUUGCUGUGGUUGGGGUUCUUUGCGGCAGUGAGUCCAGUGCUGCUCAAGUGUCAUCCUUUGACAGAAAUGACUUUCUUCGUCACCAACAUCUGGCUGUCAGUGGAGGAUCAUUCCGGCUAUGACCUCCCAUGGUCAACCCACAAGCUGGUGCCUUGGGGUCUGUACGGAGGAGCACCACACCAUGAUCUCCAUCACUUGAAAUUCAAAUUCAACUAUGCACCUUAUUUCACGCAUUGGGACCGGCUCUUUGGAACAUUGAGCCAUGCUGUCAGCGGAGAUGGAGUACCUGCAAAGACCCCCAAGGAGUAACUUCAGCCAUCCAUCACCUGCUAGAGACAAUAUUGGGACAUUCCGGAGUGAAAAAAACAAACCCUGAAGACAAUUAUAUUGCACUUUUUUCUAUUACUGUAUUUAUGAAAUAUUUAUAACUUUACCUAUAAUUGUUUGGCAGAAAAAAACAGUUGUAAAGGUACCAGCCAUCUGAAAGACGGAGUUCUGUUUUUUUAUGGCUAUCUAAGCUUUUAUAAAGCUGCUGUAUGUGUCUGACAUUUAUGUAAGAGGUUUUUGCUUGCUUGCUGGUAUGAGAUGAUGCGUAGUGAGAUUUGAAAUGAUACAUGUAUAUGAUUCCUAUGGAAUUUGUUCUGCUUUUGCACUCAGAAUGUAAAACAUGCCAAGAGUGCAACAGACACAUGUUUUUAAAAAAAUGUUGAACAGCGACCAACCUUAUGGAAACUUGCUUUUAUCAUAUUGUUGUUAAAUUAAAGCUAAACUAUUUAUAUUCUAUUAUUUUAUACUGGAUAAAUAAACACCAGUUUUUGUCAUA